CAAACAUCUGCUAUCUUAAACUCUGUAAGAAGACGGAAAGAGAGACAUCGUUGUGAAACCAGUCAUGGAUUCCAGAUGCAUGGAAAUAGCUGCCUUGGGAAGACCUCUGUAUCCUGGCAUGUUGUAUGAUUACCGGAACGACUCCUUUAUUCCAGGUGUGACUUUAUGGGAUAAAAUUGCAUUGAGAGAUGACAUUGAUGUUCAUAAAAAGCCUAAAUCACAUCUGAAAUUUGCAGCCUCUGAUAGUCUCAGUGAUAAGGCAAACCUCCUAGACAUAAGUGCUUCCCUUAAAGCCAGUUUCCUAAGUGGAGUGGUGGAGGUUGGAGGAUCGGCCAAGUACCUGCAAGAUACCAGAUCUUCAGCACGUCAGUGCAGAGUUACUAUGCAGUACAGCCAGACGACAACAUUUGAACAGCUCACUAAGAAAGAUCUCAGUAAUAUCACCUACCCACAAGUAUUUGACCAGAAAACUGCCACUCAUGUAGUUACAGCUGUACUGUAUGGAGCUCAGGUUUUCAUGGUGUUUGAUUAUACAAGUGCAGAAAAUGAGAACAAAAAGGAAAUUGAAAGAAACCUUCAUGCAGUGGUCAAGAAGAUCCCUACUAUUUCCACUGAGGGUCAAGCAUCCCUUAACAUGACUGAAGAUGAAAAAAAAAUGUCUGAGAAUAUUAGUGUCACAUUAUAUGGUGACAUUAAACUUGAAGAAAACCCCACCACAUACAAUGAGGCUCUGGAUGCGUACAAGAAGAUGCCUGAUCUGAUGAAGCAACAAGGUAAGGGUGUACCUCUGACAGUGUGGCUGUAUCCUCUCAAUCUUUUGGAUGAUAGGGCAGCAAAGUUGGUGAGUGAAAUCAAUUUAAACCAGGCGUGUAAAACAGAACAUUUGCUGGAGGAACUCAAUGAAAUGGAGAGAAUAUGCAAUGAUUUGAUCAAAAGACCCAUAACAGAUGAUUUCCCUGAUCUAAAAGACAAGUUGGAAAAGUUUCAGGUAUUACACAGAAAUUAUACAAAUUCAAUCCAGAAGGCACUAUGCAGUGUUCUGCCAGCUAUUCGUGAUGGGACACACAAGGACAAGGCACUGGGGGACAUCUUGAGCAUCCAUGACACAUCACCCUUCAAUGUAAGCAUCAUUAACAAAUGGUUAGAUGACAUUACAACUGAAUUAAAUAUUCUGAUCUCCUAUACAGCUGGGUUAAAGGACCUCAAAGUUGUGAAAUCAUCAGGGUCAUUAAAUUCCAUCUGUUUUCAUCCUGAUGUUGAUGUGGUGGUAUGUUUGACAUUUACGUCUCUAAAGUAUGAUGACUCCUACCUAGCAGCUCUACAGGACUUUGAGAACUCUAAAGCAUUUAAACUGCUGGUGCAGACAAGUGAGAGAGUUUCCAUUCUCCAAGCAGCACAGCCUUGGUUCACUUCUCCUGACAUUUCUGCAAGGAUGAGGCAGAAUCUUUCUCUCUUUACCUCAUUUUUAAAGGCCAAUAAAAAUGCAAAAAGAAUCAAAUUCAUCAUUGCCUCCAUAUCAGAUCCCAGCAAUCCAGGAUCCUCAAUCCAACUUUAUCAGAAUGGUUCUCUGACAGAUCCUAAGUUCAAGCCUGUAUCCAAACCUCCCAAACCUGAAGUGGAGACCAGUUAUGGGAAAGUUACCCUGAAGCUUUCAAAAUCCCCAACUGGAGAGACUGUACACUUCAGAGUUGAGUACAGGAUGACACCUUCAAAUGAUUCAGCAGCUUAUGAUGAGGAAUGGACAGUCAUAGACACAUCAAAUGCACAGAACACCUUCACAUUGACUGGACUAAAGCCAACAGAACAAUACUGGUUCAGAUACAGAGCUGUUAGUGAUGUGGGAGUGAGUGAAGCCAGCGACUCUGUCCCCUUCACCAUUCAAGGGAAGCUCACUGUCACAGUAGACCAAUGGAACUUCUCCAUGCCUUCUCUCAUUACUGAACUCAGGAAUAAAUUAAUGACCCCUAUCGGCAUGUCACGAUGGUCUCCAUCUACUAUCAAUUCAGAGGUUACAAAUAUUGUCAACAAUCCUACAAUUCUUUACACUGAGAAAAUCCCUGGAGGGCUGAGAGAAGGACAGGCUUUGUACUUCCAAGGGGUUGUUUUUUCAGACGGUCAAUCGUUUGCAUUGGAUUUUCAAACCAAUGAGGGAGACAUCGCUCUUCACUUUAGGCCCUGGUUUAAUGCACAUAUUUGCUGUAACAGUUAUGUAAAUAUGAAGUGGCAGGAUGAAGAACUUAAACAGAUAAAAAUUUCCGAAGGAUCAGCAUUUGACAUUUUUGUGGUGAUCAAAACAGCAGGCUAUGAGGUGUAUAUAAAUGGGCAGAAGUCUUUCCUGUUCAAUCAUCGCAUACCAAUGGCCAAUGUGAAUAAAAUUAAUAUUUAUGGAGAUGUCAAAAUGAACACUGUUGGUACUGUUGCAAACUGGAGCCAAUCUACUUUUGGUAAGGAACUAAACACUGGCAUCUCACGCACCAAGCUUUCAGACAUCCAGUCUGAUGUCCCACAUCCAGUCUGCAACCCUAGCAAGCAAUAUUUGGGAUCAAUCCCUGGAGGUUUGAGACCUGGUCUGGCUUUGUUCUUACAAGGGGUUGUUCCAUCAGAUUUUGAAAGCUUUGAAAUAAAUUUUAAGACCGGCCUGUCUGACAGAGAUGACAUCGCUUUUUGCUUCAACCCUCGUAUAUCCCGUGUGGUCUUUAAUAGCCGCAGGAAUUGGACAUGGGACAAGAAUCGGGUGGAGACACCAGGAAGCCCAUUUGUCUGUGGAGCAGCUUUUGAGAUCAUCAUGGUCAUUAACCCAGAAUGCUAUGAGGUGAUGGUGAAUGGCCAGGUGUCCUACACGUUCAAGCACCGUAUACCGGUGGACAAAGUGACUACACUCAACAUUUGGGGAGACGUCUUCAUGAACAGCUUUGCCAUUACUGAAGUGGAUGAUGUGAAACUGAAAGUAGCCGUCACCAAUCCUGCCAAUAUUUGAGACUUUGCAUCUGCUCCAUAAUCACUGCCUGUUUUUUUGUUUGUUAUAUUCUGUAUACAGUAUCAAAAGUACAUCACAUUUUAUGUACAUGGUUUGUCGAUUUUAUUAAUCAGACUUUUUUCCCUAUUGAGCAUUCUUAACUUACUUUUCUUGCUUAUUAUUGUUAGAAACAAUUGCUAUAAAUUCUUGGGGCAAGUUGUGGCCUAAUGGUUAGAGAGUCUGACUUGUAAUCCUAAUGUUGUGGGUUUGAGUCUCGGGCCGGCCACGACGGAGAUGCCCUUGAGCAAGGCACCGAACCCACCGACUGGUCCCUGGGCGCCGCAGCAUAAAUGGCUGCCCACUGCUCCGGGUGUGUGUAUGGGACAAAUUCUGAGUAUGGGUCACCGUACUUAGCCGUAUGUCACGUCACUUUAGUUACAGUAAUGAUACGGGUCAUUUGUAUUAGCUGUCUAUAUAAAGACAUCUUUGAAGCAUUAUUUAGCAUUAGAGAAAUUAGUCCAUGGCUACACACUAAAUUCGAAGGAUUUCUGUUUCAAAUGAUGAGAUUUGUACUCGGUCAAAAGACAUAUCCUUUUAGAUAGAUCUAUUUUACAAUAACAGAGCCUAUAAACAUAAGUUCAUUGAAAUAGAGGUUUGAGAAUUAGAUAUUAGAACAAAGCAAUAGUUUAUUAGUUAAUUGUUCUUAUAAUAAUAAUAAUAAUAAUAAUAAUAAUAAUAAUAAUAAUAAUAAUCCCUCCAUUCUAACACCAAAUACAAGGUCGAAGUGGACAGUUUCUUAUUUAAGUUGUCGGUACCUCUUUAAAUACUGGUGUAAUUCAUUAUUUCACCUGUAGAGAGCGCUCAUUGUUCAUUUUUAAAAGUAUGUUCCACGUGCAGUAUUGUAAAGAAUUACUGUACUGACUAAUUAUACAUCUUAAUCAAAUGUAUUAUGUGUUUUAUGCCUUGCUUGCUUUGUUAUAACAAAUUGAGAAACUAUUUACUUCAUUAAAGCAUUUCAACAAUGUACUGAUUAUAAGUAUAACAAUUCUAAUCACCACUGCACAAUUCUAAUCACCACUGCACUAGACUAAUGUGUAGCUCUGUUGUGCAUUUAGAAAAUCAUGACAUGAUUUAAGUAACAGGGGCAAAAUAAUCAGCAUGUGCCUUGAUUAUUUGUUUUUUUCUUUAUUGUAUGGCUCAAAAUAAAUAAAUCAUGUGUCAAAUGAAAACUGA